AUGGCGGGCGCCCUUCAAGGCAUUAUCUCCAAAGCCCAUGCGGCCGACUGGCUAUCCUUCCAAGGCAUCUUGACUUUACUGGCCUUCGUCUUCGCUGUCCAAAUCAUCCAAGCCAUAGCGAGAGCCAUCUAUAACGUCUACUUCCACCCACUUAGCAGAUAUCCUGGUCCCAAAUUAUGGGCGGCCUUCGAAGUCUCAAGAACUAUCGAACGCGUCCGAGGUCGCCUUGAUUUUGCGAUUGUGGACGAACACCGGAAACAUGGCGAAGUCGUGCGCGUCGGCGUGGACGAGUUAUCCUUCAUCCACCCCAGCGCAUGGAAAGACAUUUACGGUCACGGGCACGCCGAGUUGCCGAAAUAUUUUCCGCCCAAAACCAUCAAUCCGAAUCAGAUCAUUGCUGCGAAGAGCGGAGAUCACUUUCGCAUGCGUCGGGCUUUUCUUCCAGCCUUUUCGGAGAAGGCGUUGGCGCAGCAAGAGAAGCUUAUGCGCGUUUACAUUGACCUGCUUAUCCAGCGGCUCUCCGAGUGCGCUCAGUCCGGCGUACCAGCGAAUAUGACGGAAUGGUACAAUUUGACGACGUUUGAUCUUAUCGCUGAUUUGACAUUUGGAAAAUCGCUUGGUGGGCUUGAAUCUGGCGAAUCUAAUCAGUGGACCAAGAAGAUCGAAACCAUGUUAAAGCUUAUGCCUACGCUUAUGCUUCUAACGAGUUUCCCGCUUUUGGCAACCAUUCUGAACUUUCUAUUCGGUCGAAAGAUGGAAGAGGCACGACAGAAGCAUUUCGAGUAUGCCGCAUCACUAGCUAUGGGGCGUCUCCAAGGAAAGGAGCAGGCCGAUCGAGGAGAUUUCAUGGACUACAUUUUACGCUCCCGUGGUGAAGCACAUCAAGUCACAGACGAGGAGCUUGUGCACAAUUCCGACCUGUUCAUGCUUGCGGGCUCAGAGACCACAGCAACUCUGCUUCUGGGUGUUACAUACUACCUGCUGAAGAAUCCAGAAGUGUACAGAAAGGCCACUGACGAAGUGCGUUUGGUGUUUAAGAAGCCAGAGGACAUCACAUUCAAGGAAGCCACGCAGCGGUUGCCUUACAUGAUGGCUUGUCUGAGCGAGGCAUUGCGCGUAUUUCCGUCUAUUCCACUCGCCCUGUUCCGCAUCACUCAAGCUGGGACUCCAAUUGCUGGCCAUAUAAUACCGCCUGGUACUCGCGUCGGCGUCCAUCAGCUCUCAGCAUACCACUCGCCCCUCAACUUCCAUGACCCUGACUCAUUUCAUCCAGAACGAUGGCUACCGGAAGUCUACAAUGAUCCCUCAUCGCCAUUCCACAAUGAUCGACGCGAGGUACAUAAGCCGUUCUCUUUCGGCCCGCGUGACUGCAUUGGGCGAAAUCUUGCGUACCAUGAAAUGCGACUUAUUCUUGCUAUGGUCCUUUGGAACUUUGACUUGGAGCUGGAUGCAGGUAUGGAACAGUGGCACUUGCAAAAGAUCUUUGGUAUCUGGUCGAAGCCUCCACUUCGUGUACGUCUCAGUAAGAGGAAGGUGGAGUAG